AUGAAAAUUGUGCUGUUCGGCGCGCCUGGGGUAGGUAAAGGCACCUUUGCAGAAAUUUUAUCAAAAAAAGAAAAUUUAAAACAUAUAAACAUUGGGAACAUUUUAAGAAAGGAAAUAAAAAAUAAUUCAAAUAUAGGUAAAGAAGUAAACAAAAUAGUCAAAAGUGGAAAUCUUGUUCCAGAUAGUAUAAUUAUAAAUAUUGUAGAAGAAGAAAUAAAACAAUGUUAUACAGAUGAAAGAUGUUAUUACAAAGGUUUUAUAUUAGAUGGAUUUCCAAGAAAUCUAAUUCAAAGUGAAAAAUUAAGAAAUAUGACAGGUAUUGACAUAUUUGUUAAUAUAUUUUUACCGAAAUACAUUUUAAUUCAAAAACUGCUGGGAAGAAGAAUUUGCUCUACAUGUAACAGCUGUUUUAAUGUUACAGAUAUUAGAGUUAACAGUUAUGAUAUGCCUCCCCUCUUACCAUCAAAGGAGUGUAAAAUAUGUAGAGGAAAAGCAAAUCUAAUAAAAAGAAAUGAUGAUACUAGUGAAACUAUUGCUUAUAGAUUGAAUGCAUAUGAAGCGAGCAACGUACCUGUUCUUAAUUUUUUUAAAAAUUUAAAUUACAAUAUUGUAGAUUUCGAGAUAAAAAAAGGGGUAAGAGACUUCGAUAGGUUUUACAAUGUUAUUAUGAAAUAUUUUUAG